AUGUACAAGGGUUCGAACUACGCGUGGCGAAGCCAAGAUGAAACCCAGAGCAACGAGCUAUCUUUGAGGGAAAGGAGGGAGGAAUUGCGAAUGGCGGCACUGACAGACGGGUUCUAUAGCCUACAGAGUCCCACCGCUGGGCAUGAACUCAUAGCUGCCAUCCGUCCCGUCUUCUGGGACUGGUUGGAGUGGCGGCAUGGAGCUCUUACAUACCGACUGACACAGGUGCUGACCGGCCAUGGCUGUUUCGGUAAGUACCUGUGUCGGAUAGGACGUGAGCUAACAGAAGAGUGCCACCACUGUGAGGCCCCAGAGGACGAUGCAAUGCACACUUUGCUGGUCUGCCCGGCGUGGGCAAACAAUAGGCGCGACCUAGUCGCAAAAAUCGGCGAACCGGCUCUGUCACUCACAGAUGUGAUCUCGGCCAUGGUACGGAGUGAGUGCGCCUGGCAGGCAGUAGCAGACUACUGCGAAAACACCAUGGCGACCAAGGAAGCUGCGGAACGCGUGAGGGAAUCGUCGAGCGAUAUCCCAUCGCGACGCAGACGUCCCAGGCGGCAACGACAAAACGACCUACGGCCACCGUAA